CUACUCUAACGGUUAACUUCGCAAGGGCAAAGCCAAAAAUGGCUUCUCAAUUCACAAAAUCAAAGGGUACCGAAAGGCAGAGAUGAAGUAUAUGUGGCAGAAAUGCACCAAGAGCUGCAAAGGGAUCGACCCAGUUGGUCAAGUCUGCCGCUUACUCUCAAUCUGUGGGACGUGCAGCAUUUCAUCGUUAUCGUCAAACCCUCUUCCCAACCUCAGGCCAUUUGUUUUUUAUUUUCAGCCAAAACAUCCAGAAAAUACACAUAUACAGCACUUGCAGUUAUAUUAAUCCAGCCAAGCAAUACCUGGUAUAAUUUUGCUGGGUCAGUGUCAACAAUGCCGUCCAUGGUCCAUCUAAACAAAUGGCAUCAGGUUCUUUGUAUCAGUAGAGAAAGCUUAUAAAUGUUCAGUAUAAGUAUCUAAUGACGGCUUCAAGACAACUCUAUUUCGUUGUUGUUUCCGUCUCUUUCGCAAUAGAUAUCUUCCUUUCUUAUUCUAAGGUUCUCUAUGUUUAUCUGCAACAUUUCCAUCCAACUCUUCUACAAGCCUUCUUUCUUCCUAUGAUCUUCUGAAUCUUGUCUGAAGUCCAACACUGGGUCUAUGAAUAACGGUGAAGAUAAGAAGCAGAGCUCAAUAAGCAUGAUCCUUAGUCUUCCCCGUGAAAUCAUUCUAGACAUCCUGUCAAGACUGCCCAUAGCAUCUUUAGUCCCAAUCAAGUUCUUAUGCCGAGCCGGGCGAACUUUUUCUCAAGAUCCUGAUCUUGUUCGCAUGCAUUAUUCCCGCAUAAUUCAUAGUGAUCCAUCCCUUGUCUUACACUCAGAUUGUCCGGUCCGAAACCAGAUUUACUGUUUAGAUUCUUCUUUUUCUGAUGAAGAUAACGGGGUGGUGAAGAAAAUUGAUGUGCCUUCAACCCUGCCCGCGUUUGAUUUAGUAGCCUCGUGUAAUGGCUUGCUAUGCUUGUGUGAUUCAUUGCACCGUAGUACUCUCUAUGUCAUCAAUCCCUUCACUAAGGACUGCAUAGAGCUGCCACGGUCAACACUCUGUUCAGAAAAGUCAAUGUUCGAUGACAAGGUAGUGUUUGGUUUUGGUUACAAUCCAAAAUCGAAAGAGUACAAAGUGAUCAAGAUAGCAAAUCAUGGAGGUCAAUACAUGUGCCGAGUUGGAUUCAUUCCCACAAAUGCAGAGAUUGAAGUUCUCACCAUUGGCAGCUCAACAUGGAGAGUUGUACAAAAUCUACGUUGCAAUUUCAUUAAAUUGUCAUCGCCUGCCUUAAUCAAUGGAAGACUUCAUUGGAUCACUUGGCAACAUGGAGCAGCUCGCAAGUUUCUCGCAUUUGAUAUAGUGAGCGAGCAAUUGCAUGAGAUACCAAAACCAGAUUGUGAUAGCUUUGAAAAGUAUAAUUCCCAUUUGGUAGUUCUGAGAGGUUGCCUUGCAGCAGCUAGUGAGCAGGGUAAAGGUGGGAAUAUUAUUGAAAUUUGGGUUAUGAGACAAUACAAUGUGAAGGAAUCAUGGAUUAAGGAAUUCAGCAUUGGCGCUUACAUUCCAAAGGCAUUGGAAUCAGCAGAUGAUUUAUCCGUCAGAACUUCGAGCUUUUUUUUGAGCAAGAAUCAGGUCCGGGUUCUAUGCAAUUUGAAAAAUGAGGAGAUUUUGUUGUUGUACAAAUGCAGAGCCCUCGUUUCUUAUGACCCAAAAAGUGGAGAAUUCAAGGAUCUUAUGUAUCAAGGAAUGCCUAAUUGGUUCAAAGCAGUUGUUCAUGUUGGCAGCCUUAACUGGAUUGACCACCCUGUUGAUGUGUGAAGUUGUUCUAGAUUAGUAUAAUGUGCAAUGCAUGCUUCAGUUCCUGAGUUACAGUCUUAUACUUGUUGUUUCUUUUGUGUUCCCUUUCUGAUCUUGUAAUUGUUCCAAAAUAUUUAUUUAACAUCCACUGUGUUACAAGACUAAUUGUUCUCUUCUUCUUGUUGUCAUAUGACCUAUUUUUGUUCAAUCUACAAGUAUGAAUAAGCGGGAGA